AUGUCCACCAACGGCGUCACCAUCAUCUUCUCCCCAUACCACGUCGGUCUCCGCGACCAUCGCGUAGGCAACGGGCCACAUCGCCUCCGCUCCAUCGGCCUCGUCCACGAGCUCGAAAAUCUAGGCAUAAAAAUCACCAUCACAGAAAUCGACCGAGUAGAUACAUUCGAAGGCGAAAUCGGUCGCAGCUUCGAGGUCCUCCGUCGCACCUCCAAAGCCGUCUCGGAUGCCGUGAACAACAAGACAUUCCCCCUCAUCCUGUCGGGGAACUGCAUGGCCAGCGCCGCCGUCGCAUGUGGUCUACAAAUCCGAGAUCUAGGAUUCAUUUAUUUCGACGCUCACGAUGAUCUCGAUUCCCCCGACGUCAACGAGAACGGGUACUUCGACGCUAUGGGCCUCUCCAUGCUACGCGGAGAGAGCUGGCACGCGCUCAUGAACACCGUCCCUGGGUUCCAGCCCUUUGAUUACUCUCGGUUUCUGUACUGCGGGUUACGUGAUCAAUCCGAGGUCCAGCAACAGCGAGUGAUUGAUGCAGGGAUGGUUUCGAUUUGGGGCGAUGCGGCGAAGAAGGUGGAUUUUCCGCGUGAGUUAGAGGCAGAGCUCCAGAGACGCUCGUAUAGUCCUGCUCUGGUGCAUCUUGAUCUGGACGUCUUGGACGAGUCGUAUGGCAAGGUGAAUGAUUAUCCGUCGCCCGGGGGAUUAUCGGAAUCGGACUUGGUCAAAUGCAUGGGAUUGGUGCCGAGGAAGUUGACGCCAAAGUCGCUGACGGUCUGCUCAUUUGAUCCGAACGCGGGAGAUGGCGAUAAGAUUGCUAGGAUAGGGACGCGGGCUAUUGUGGCCUUUGUACAGACUUUGUUGGAUACUGGGGCUUUGUCUAGGAAGUAG